AUGGGUAUGCUCUCGUCGGCCGCGAAGAGAUGCAGCAACGGCAAGAACCUCCUGCGCAGCGCGGCCGCGUGCUGCGGCACGUCGUCCGCCUCCGGCCCCGCGUGUAUUGUCCGUGGCAACGAAGAGACGUCAACGUCCGCGCCGGCGUCGACGUCGACUUCUUCCGCGCCGGAUAGCAAGAAGAAGAGGUGGAGGAAGCGGAGGUUCUGGAGGAAGAGGAAGCCCAAGACGAAGGAGGGCGGCGACGGCGGCGAGCUCGCGGACCUUGUGAACAACAUCUCGGCCAAGUCCGACGUUUCCAAGAACGUGAACGCAGCGGAGGAGAUCCUCCGGGGCGGCAACCAGAACAUGCCCAGCCGCGCGCUGAUGUUCAGCCAGCUGGACGCCGCGACCAGCGGGUUCAGCGAGAAGAACCUGCUCGGAGAGGGCGGCUUUGGCCGGGUGUACAAAGGCCGGCUCGAGGACACCAAGGAAGUCAUCGCCGUGAAGCAGCUGGACAGGGACGGGUUCCAGGGCAACCGCGAGUUCCUGGUCGAGGUGCUGAUGCUGAGCCUCCUGCACCACCCCAACCUCGUGAAACUCCUCGGCUACUGCACCGACUCCAACCAGCGGAUCCUGGUCUACGAGUACAUGCCCAAGGGAUCCCUGGAGGACCACCUCCUGGACCUUCCCCCGAACUGGAAGCCUCUGCCGUGGCACACGCGGAUGCAGAUCGCCGUCGGCGCCGCCAAGGGCAUCGAGUACCUGCACGAGGUGGCCAACCCGCCGGUGAUCUACCGCGACCUCAAGGCGUCCAACAUCCUCCUGGAUAGGGACUUCAACGCCAAGCUCUCCGAUUUCGGGCUCGCCAAGCUGGGCCCCAUGGGCGACCAGAGCCACGUCAGCACCAGGGUCAUGGGCACGUACGGCUACUGCGCACCCGAGUACGCCAUGACCGGCAAGCUCACCAAGAUGUCCGACAUCUACAGCUUCGGCGUGGUGCUGCUCGAGCUCAUCACCGGCCGCCGCGCCAUCGACAUCUCCCGGCCGUCCGAGGAGCAGGUCCUCGUGCACUGGGCGUCGCCUCUGUUGAGAGACAAGAAGAGGUUCAUGAAGCUGGCCGACCCGUUGCUGGGCAGGAGGUACCCCGUGAAGGGGCUGUACCAGGCGCUCGCCGUGGCGUCCAUGUGCUUGCAGGAGGACGCGGCCAGCCGGCCGGGGAUCAGCGACGUGGUCGCGGCGCUCUCGUUUCUCGCCGACCCGGCAUACUAUCCUCCGGAAGGCAUGCAAACCGAGCAGCCGAGGGAGAAGAGCAGCAGGCCUCCUGUCGCAAGCGUGGGCCGCGUGGUUUCUGAGGUAAGGGCAGACGACGAAACGAAGGAGAGGUGACCAUAGGUAAUGGAUCUUCUUUUGGUAGAGCUAUCUGCUCUCUCGAUCUUCUUUUGUAACGAACACCACGUAGGCAGGAUGUAACAUCGUUCAAGGAGUUAUCUUGACUGAUGCUGAUUCUCAGCAGCAAUAAUGCUGCGCAAAGUUGAGUUUGCUGUCGGCACAAAUCACUCAGCAAUGACUCAAUGAUAACGGCAUUAGCUAUCUUAUG